AUGUCGGAAGACGGCAUCCCCCUGUACACCAACUCCCCCAUAUCUGUGUCGGACGACGCAGCACACAGCCCGGCUGCCACCGAACCACCAUCACUAUCCACAAACAAUAACUCCCUCGCACCACAACAUCCGCCAUUAGGGCCCGGCGCGUCUACGUCAAGACGAGGAAAUAGCACCAGCUCCAACGCGAGUACGAGCGGCAGCAGGCCACAGCUGCAAACGACAACCUCCUUCGAAAGCAGAGACAGCCGUCCAACAAGUUCGCACAACGUGUCGAGCCCUGUCAUGUCGCGAAGCGGCGACCGCACCCAUGGCUUCCUCGCCGUCCCGCACUCCCACCGGUCGCGCCAGAACUCGGUCGACUCAGAAGACGGCUCCCGAUCCGUCGCCAUCUCACAGGGCGAAACCGUUAUCGGCAGCGCCGCGAGUGGCGUCCAGCACGUUACUCGGUCGACGUCUGUGGAUGGCUCCAACGACAUGAUCAUGAACGACCCCGAUGCGCUCAAGCCAGACCGUGGCACCGAAGCCACCUUCCACGUCGACAACAACCCGUUCGCCUUCAGCCCCGGCCAACUCAGCAAAAUGUUCGACCCAAAGAGCUUGUCUGCCUUUUACAGCCUCGGUGGUUUGGCGGGCCUCGAAAAGGGCCUGCGCACUGAUCGGAAAGCUGGGUUAAGUGUUGAAGAAACCUCACUCGACGGUGCCAUCUCUUUUGAUAGCGCAGUAGCAGCAAAGGACCACGGAAAGGCUGUGUCCGGCCACGGGAGUGCCGUUGUGGGCAGCCAAGGGCAGUCUGCUUCUGCCGCAGCAGGUGGCCGUCACGACCGUAAAGAUGAGGGCUUUUUCGACCGGAAGCGCGUCUUCAAAGACAACCGUCUGCCGGAAAAGAAGGCCAAGUCGCUGUUGCAGCUGAUCUGGAUUACCUUCAACGACAAGAUUCUGAUUAUGCUGUCCAUCGCCGCCGUGGUGUCACUGGCCGUUGGUCUGUACCAGACCUUUGGCCAGGACCAUAAUGCAGAGCACCCGGCUGUUGAGUGGAUCGAGGGCGUGGCUAUCAUUGUUGCGAUCCUGAUUGUCGUUAUUGUCGGAUCCCUCAACGACUGGCAAAAGGAGCGGCAGUUCGCCAAGCUGAACCGGAAGAAGACUGAUCGCCUGGUCAAGGUGGUCCGUUCUGGCCGCCUGCAAGAGAUUUCGAUUUGGGAAAUCCUGGUCGGUGACGUCGUCCACCUCGAGACGGGCGACAUGAUCCCCGUGGACGGCGUGCUUAUCGAAGGCCACAGCAUCAAAUGCGACGAAUCACAAGCGACGGGCGAAUCCGACCUGAUUCGCAAGCGCCCCGCCGACGAAGUCUACGCUGCUAUCGAGAGCCACGAGGAUCUGAAGAAGAUGGAUCCAUUCAUCCAGUCUGGCGCCCGUGUUAUGGAAGGCCUCGGUACCUUUAUGGUUACCGCCACCGGCGUCAACUCCACCUACGGCAAGACGAUGAUGUCCCUCCAGGACGACCCCGAGAUCACCCCUCUGCAGGCAAAGCUCAACGUCAUUGCCGACUACAUUGCGAAGCUUGGUGGUGCUGCGGCGCUCUUGCUGUUUGUUGUUCUCUUCAUCGAGUUCCUCGUCCGCCUCCCGAAGCUGCCCCCAUACGUCACGCCCGCCCAGAAGGGCCAAGAUUUCCUCAACAUUUUCAUUGUCGUCGUCACGAUCAUUGUCGUGGCCGUCCCCGAGGGUCUUCCACUCGCCGUGACACUUGCUCUCAGCUAUGCAACCGCCAAGAUGGUCAAAGAGAACAACUUGGUGCGUCAGCUCAAGGCUUGUGAAGUGAUGGGCAAUGCAACAACAAUCUGCUCCGACAAGACGGGCACUCUCACACAGAACCGCAUGCGUGUGGUUGCCGGCACUGUCGGUACUGGCCAACGGUUUGGCGAGCAGGGCCUCGCUGACGUCGAUGGCGUCGGAAGCCCCAGCUCUUCUGGCGGGGACAACAACAAAGCCAAAGACACGACGGUAGCUUCCAACAGCGCCGCCGAGAACCGCGAGCUCACGGCCCAGGAGGCGAUUUCCGGCCUUGGCAAAGACGUUCGCGACAUACUGCUCAAGUCGAUCACCAUCAACUCCACGGCUUUUGAGGGUGAGGUCCACGGCAAGCCUGAGUAUAUUGGCUCCAAGACCGAGUCUGCCCUGCUUAGUUUUGCGCGUGACCACCUCGCCAUGGGCCCUGUGAGCGAGGAGCGGGCUAACGCUCCCAAGACGCUACAGCUGAUUCCCUUUGAUUCCGGCCGCAAGUGCAGUGGUGUCGUGGUGGAGCUGCCCAACGGCCGCGGCGCUCGUCUUUUCGUGAAGGGUGCAUCCGAGAUUCUGCUGUCGCAGUGCACCCAGAUCCUGCGCGACCCGACGCGCGACGUUGCCCUCUCCCCGAUGACCGACGAAAACCGCGACUCGCUCUCCUCGCUCAUCGAGAACUACGCCUCGCACUCGCUGCGCUGCAUCAGCCUGGUUUACCGCGACUUCCACCAGUGGCCUCCGGCCUACGCUCGCCGUAACGAGGGCGCCAAUGACGACGUCGUGUUUGAGGAUGUAUUCAAGAACAUGGGUUUUAUCAGCCUCGUCGGCAUCAAGGACCCGCUCCGCGACGGUGUGCGUGACGCCGUUGCCGAUUGCCAACGUGCCGGCGUCGUCGUUCGUAUGGUCACGGGUGACAACCGCCUAACGGCUCAGGCCAUUGCCCGGGACUGCGGCAUUCUGCAGGACGACAGCGAAGUCAUGGAAGGUCCCGUCUUUCGCAACAUGACCAAGGAGGAGCAGCUUGAAAUUAUCCCCCGGCUUCACGUUCUGGCGCGGUCCAGUCCCGAGGACAAGCGUGUGCUUGUACAGCGCCUGAAGGAGCAGAACGAGACGGUUGCGGUAACUGGUGACGGCACGAACGAUGCGCCCGCUCUCAAGCUGGCGGAUGUCGGUUUCUCCAUGGGCAUCUCUGGAACCGAGGUCGCCAAGGAAGCGUCUGCUAUCAUUCUCAUGGACGACAACUUUGCCUCGAUUGUCAAGGCCUUGAAGUGGGGCCGUGCCGUCAACGAUGCCGUCAAGCGGUUCCUGCAGUUCCAGCUCACUGUCAACGUGACGGCUGUCGUGCUCACGUUUGUGUCGGCCGUGUCGAGCACGGACGAGAGCAGCGUGCUUACUGCCGUGCAGCUGCUGUGGGUCAACCUGAUCAUGGACACGCUCGCCGCGCUGGCCCUGGCCACUGACCCCCCGCAACCGAGUGUCUUGGACCGCUUGCCCGAGCGCAAGGGUGCCUCCAUUAUCUCGACGACCAUGUGGAAGAUGAUUAUUGGCCAGGCCCUUUACCAGCUGGCAAUAACGUUCCUUCUCUUCUUUGGCGGUCAGAAGGUCUUGCCUCAGCGGGAGCAUGCCACUGUUGAUCAGGUGCAAACCCUCGUGUUCAACACGUUUGUCUGGAUGCAGAUCUUCAACCAGUGGAACAACCGCCGCCUCGACAACAAGUUCAACAUCUUCGAGGGCCUCACGCAGAACUGGUUCUUUAUUGGCAUCAGCAUCAUCAUGGUUGGCGGUCAGGUCCUCAUUGUCCAGGUCGGUGGCCUGGCGUUCAACAUUGCCUCGGAAGGCCAGUCGCCUACCAUGUGGGGCUACGCUGUCGGUUUCGGGUUUAUUUCGAUUCCCAUUGGUGCUCUGAUUCGGUUGAUUCCUGACGCAUGGUUCGAGAAGCUGGUGCCCGCAUUCGUCAAGCGGUGGUUUGCCAACCGCAAGAAGAAGAACGAGCAGGUGCCUGAUGUUACCGUGUCCGACCCCUACACCCACGACGAGCGCUUUGACUUUUAUCCCGUGGCGCUGGCCGACGUCCGUGAUGAGCUGGCCUGGCUCAAGCGCCUCAAGGGCGGCCGCCUUAACAACCUCAAGUUUGCCAUCCAGCACCCGCGCGAGACCUUCGCACUGCCCGCGUCCCUGUCCCCGUCUCACUCUCGUUCCAACUCCCGGUCCAAUUCGCACUCGCUGCCCAAUUCCCGCUCAAACUCGUUCAACAUGUCUACCGGUCCUCGGCCGCAUACGCCAACGCGCGAAGAUAGCUUUGGCUCGACCAACGGCCCCGGCCUGGCGGGCGGACUCGGUGCCACCCUCAUGACGCCCUCGGCCUCGCCUGACUCGCGCAGACGGUCGCGCUCGAUGCGCUCGAUGCGCUCGCGGUCCAACUCCGCUCUUGGUGCACCAACCGUCAUGGCAGGUAUCAUUGCCGGCAGUGUGGCAGUGGGCUGGUCUCCAAUCGAUCGCAGCAACAGCAGCUCUAGUCUGUACGGUCAGCAUACCAACAACAACAGCGACAACAGCGACAACAGCAACAACAGCAACAACAACAACAACAACAACAACAACGGCGCGGGCAACAGUACCACCUCCAACGUGGACUUUGGCUCGUCCUACACUGGCCGUGCUGCGUCACCAUCUCCUGCUCCGAACGGUUCCUCGCAGACACCGACCCGGGAGUCGAGUACCGCGCGUCUUCUGCGCGACAACACGGAUGGCACGGAUGGUACACAUUCGACGUCUCUCACAGCUGUGACGAACAACACGAACGAUACCACUGAGACAGCCGUCGAGCGUGGCCGGUCUGACAGUGCGCCGAAGAAGGAUUAA